AUGACGGAAGUCCAAGUAAGCAACGGUUUAGGUAUCGAUGAAAACCGUCCAGAACGUACUUAUGAAGAACAAAUGCAAUGUGUAGGUGUGUUCGCUCAGCCUAUGGCUUCAGAAAAAUUAACAAAGCGUUUGUAUAAGCUCGCUCGUAAAGCUAAACGCGUAAAGAAAACAGAUGUCGGUAUCAAGGCAAUCUUAAAAGCCAUAGAAAAGAAAGGUGUAUCUGGUAUCGUCGUGUUGGCUGGCGAUAUAAGUCCAUUUGAUCUUAUAUCCCAUGUGCCAGUGGUGUGUGAGGAGCACGACAUACCCUACUGCUAUGUUCCAUCAAAGUUUGACCUCGGUGCAUGUGUAUCUUCAGUUACUCCCAUACCUAUUGUUUUCAUAACACGUGAUGAACAGUAUGGUGGUUUGUAUGAUAAGUGUUACACUGCGGUUGAUGCAUUACCCCUUCCUUUAUAA